AUGGCUAUGCAAGACCUGCAGAGGGAGUUACAGAGGCUUACUGGGUCAGCCCGGCUAUCAGACGCAGUUGAUGAUGUAGACAAGAUCAUUGACAUCCUGACCAGCGCGAGAGAACGAGUAGCAGCUUCCAACGAUCCUCACACGACGAGCCUGACCCUUACCAAGCUACAGAACCCUAUAAAAGAAGGACUCGACGGCCUCAAGGGCCGCUUGACACAAAUCAACAAGGCCCACAAUGACUUCAACAAGUCCUUGAAGUCGGCCUUGUCCAGGUCGAAAAAUGCCUUGCCCAUGGACGACGAUCCGAUGGAGUCGCAGUCCGCGCUGAUCAAUCGAGCGAUUGCUAUGCACCUUCUUAGGGAAGGUCAGUUUGGAGUGGCUUCUACGUUCAUUGGCGAAGUGCAACCGCAUAGUGAACCGCAGCCCCCGAUGGUGUCUCAUCCCCAUGCUCAGCCAAGUUCAUCGGCCGACGCGAUGAUAACAGACGCGGACGACCUAGCGACACUCGAUCGAGGAACGAUUAAGCCGUCGAGUUAUUGGAAUAUGCUGGAAGCCACCGACUUUCCCGCGUUGCUUCGAUCCUUUGGCAGCGAUUGGGCGGCUAUUGCAGGGCACAUGAAGACGAAAAGUGUUGUCAUGGUCAGAACCUACUAUGCGCGUAGAAAGGAGGCCAAGGACUGGGAGGUAAUCGUGGCUGAAGCUGACGCCAGAAAAUCUCGUGGAGAGGAAAGACCUGCACCCCCGGCGCCUCCAGCGCCCCCUUCGGGAGACGCGAUGAUAACAGACGCGGACAUCCCGGCGGAUCUGACGGCUCUUCAGUCUCAAGAGCUGCAAGCCCAAUUUGCUGACAUGUACUCGAUCCUGACGGCACUCAAGUUGCACGACCUAUAUCCAGCCAUCAAGUGGGCGAGGGAAAACGGUGCGGAACUAGAGGCCCGGGGCUCGAAUAUUGAGUUCGAACUUUGCAAGCUUCAGUUUGUGUGGUUAUUCAAGGGCCCGGCCGUGAACGGUCUACCAGACUCGCCAGAUAAUGGCGUUUCAGGGGCAUUGAAAUAUGGCAGGGAAAACUUUGGUCGCUUCCAGCAUAGACAUCUUCGAGAGAUCCAACAACUAAGCUGCGCCAUGGUCUACUCCCCGAAUCUCAGCGCUUCACCCUAUCGAUCCACCUUUGACAUAUCACUCGCGUUCGAUGAGGUGUCAGCGUCGUUUACGCGAGAGUUCUGCUCCCUGCUGGGCCUAUCCGCCGAGUCGCCGCUCUAUGUAGCCGCAACAGCCGGCGCGCUUGCGUUACCCCAAUUCGUCAAGUACAAUGCGAUUAUGAAGGCCAAGGGUACCGAAUGGACGACGCAGAAUGAACUACCCUACGAGACACCCCUGCCUAAGAACAUGAUUUACCACUCCAUCUUCGUCUGCCCCGUCAGCAAGGAGCAGACAACCGAGACAAAUCCGCCCAUGAUCCUGCCGUGCGGCCACGUGCUGGCUAAGGAGAGCUUGCAGAGACUGGCCAAGGGAAGCCGGUACAAGUGCCCCUAUUGCCCCAGCGAGGGUGUAACCAAAGAUGCUAAGCCAAUCAUCUUAUAG